AUGGGCAUCUUUGGAAAUGGCUCCUUUAAACUCUGGUGUGACGAUUUACGGUCAGGUAAUGUCCCUCUCAACAAGGACUCGAAAAUUGCUGCAGUCGUGGACUGGGAACAUACGCUGCCCCCGUUGAAUUCCCCUAUGCACCACCUUGGUGGCUUCUUAUUGAAAAGCCCGAAUGCUAGCCCACGGAAGAUAGCCUUGAGGACUGGUGUACGGAGUUUUGAGUUUCGACUCGAGACAUUCCUAAAGGCUAUGAUCAUUCGCGAGGAUGAAGCGAUUAGCAAGGGUCAACUGAACAGCAACCAGAGACUUUCUGGCCCAAUGCGAGAGAGCCGGAAGAGCGGAGAUUUCUGGAUUGCGUAUGCUGCGAGGAACAAUUUCGCGUUCGAUGCGAUAUACUGGCAAAAGAUCGAUAGGCGAUUUUUCGGAUCAACUACGUACCCCGACCCUGCCCAUGCAUGA